GAGGCGCCUCUUCCUGGUGGAGAAACAGUGACAGCUACAGGGCAGCCACACAGACCCAGCACCCAGGCUCCGCUGCCCUGCCAAAACACCCCAAAAUGGCUUCGGAUAGCACGCACAUCGCGCAGUUGACUUCGGAACUGUACUUCCUAAUCGCCCGUUUUUUAGAGGCAGGACCGUGUCAAGAUUCGGCACAGAGCCUGAUACGGGAGGUGGAGGAGAAGGAGCUGCUGCCCAGAAGAGUAGAUUGGACGGGGCAAGAACACCCUGGGACAUACGAGAAUUUGGUGAAGCUUUACCGUCACAUCCGCUCGGACCACCUGCUCCAGAUCUGCUCCAGAGUGUGUCCUCUUCUGGAGAAGGAGGUACCAGCCAGUGUCCCGGGGCUCUGCAGUCUGCUCGGGGCCGGGAGACAGAACCUACUGCGCACAGACAAGAGUUGCAAGCAUGUGGUGUGGAAGGGCUCGGCUCUGGCUGCGCUUCACUGUGGGAGACCCCCAGAGCCCCCCAUUAUCUUUGGGAGCCCCCCUAAUAUCGUGGAGACGAGCCACAGCAGACGUCUGAACGGAUCUUACCGCCUGAAGCAGCUGGUGCCCACAGCGGUGUACCAGCACAUGAAGAUGCACAAGAGGAUUCUGGGACACCUGUCAUCAGUCUACUGUGUGACGUUUGACAGGACCGGCAGGCGCGUCUUCACGGGUUCAGACGACUGCCUGGUGAAGAUCUGGGCCACAGACGACGGGCGUCUCCUGGCCACUCUCCGGGGUCACGCGGCCGAGAUCUCGGACAUGGCCGUGAGUCAUGAGAACACUAUGAUCGCCGCCGGAUCCUGCGAUAAAACCAUCCGAGUCUGGUGUCUGCAGACGUGCGCUCCCCUGGCCGUGCUGGAGGGACACGCCGCCUCCAUCACAUCACUACAGUUUUCUCCCCUGUGCAGCGGCUCAAAGCGCUUUCUCUCCUCCACCGGAGCAGACGGCACCAUCUGUUUUUGGCAGUGGGACUCUCGCUCGCUCAAGUUUGGUCAGAGGCCCAGUAAGUUCACAGAGCGCUCCAGACCUGGAGUCCAGAUGAUCUGCUCCUCCUUCAGCGCAGGUGGGAUGUUUCUGGCGACUGGGAGCACAGACCACAUCAUCAGAGUGUAUUACUUUGGCUCAGGGCAGCCCGAGAAGAUCUCUGAGCUGGAAUCACACACAGACAAGGUCGACAGCAUCCAGUUCUCCCACUGCAGUGACAGGUUCGUCAGUGGCAGCAGAGACGGGACAGCUCGGAUCUGGCAGCUGCAACCACAGGGCUGGAAGAGCAUCCUGCUGGACAUGCAAACCAAACUGCCCGGGAAGUACAACCCACCACCACUUGAGGAUAAAGUUACCAAAUUAAAGGUUACCAUGGUAGCCUGGGAUCGUCAUGACAGCACCGUAAUCACCGCCGCCAACAACCUGACUCUCAAAGUGUGGAACUCCACCAACGGAAACCUGGUGCAUGUUCUGAUGGGUCAUGAAGACGAGGUGUUUGUCCUGGAGCCACACCCCUUUGAUCCCAGAAUCCUUUUCUCCGCUGGACACGACGGGAACUGCAUCGUGUGGGACCUGGCGCGAGGAGUGAAGAUACGCUCCUACUUCAACAUGAUCGAGGGCCAGGGCCACGGCGCUCUCUUUGACUGUAAGUGCAGUCCAGACGGGCAGCACUUUGCAGCCACAGACUCUCACGGACACCUGCUCAUCUUCGGCUUCGGCUCCAGCAGCAAAUACGACAAGAUCGCAGACCAGAUGUUCUUCCACACAGACUACAGGCCUCUGAUCCGAGACGCCAACAACUACGUGCUGGACGAGCAGACGCAGCAGGCCCCUCACCUCAUGCCCCCUCCCUUCCUGGUGGACGUGGACGGUAACCCCCACCCGCCCCGUUACCAGAGGCUUGUCCCCGGACGAGAGGGCUGCAGGGAGGAGCAGCUCAUCCCGCAGAUGGGGGUCACAUCCUCAGGUUUGAACCAGGUGGUGAGUGAGCAGGCUGUAGACGGACCUUCUCCUCUGGACACGAUGAUCCAGAGGCUGCAGCAGGAGCAGGACCAGAGACGAGGAGCCAACGAUCCAGUGAACUCUGCAGCUUCUACUUCUGCAAACACAGCCGCCCCCAUCAACACCAGGUCCAGCAGAGGCUCAGUUGGUUCCCCCACAGAGGUUCACUCUCCUCCAAACGUGGGCCUUCGUCGCAGCGGGCAGAUCGAGGGCGUGCGGCAGAUGCACAGUAACGCCCCCCGCAGUCAGAUGGCGACGGAGGGAGACCUGGUCGCCUGGAGCCGCAGGGUCCUGGUGCCCGAGUUAGAGGACGCCACUGUCAGACGGCAGGUGAACUGGAGAGAGGCGAAAGGAGACGAAGAGAUCAAUAUCUAUCAGUCCGAACGCAGGAGACGUACAGUCCACUCAGCGCCCAAAGAAAACAAAGUCCAUCCUCCUGAGUGUGUGCCUGACGAGGGGAGGCGGAGUCAGGGUAACCACGGCUACCAAACCCGCGCCGCCAUGGAGGAGACGAGCCGACAGAGCGCCAACGACGAUGAUGACAGCACGUCUGAGGUAACCCCGCUCCCACCAACGCGUACAGUCCAGGAAACAAAGAAUUCUGCUUCAGUGGCUGAAGUAGAUGUCCGACAGGUGAACGGUCACUCCUCUGAAGACGAGAAGGAAGAAGAGUCAAAGGAGCCAUGGCCUGAUGACCACAGCAGCUCAAGUGAAUGCUCCAGUGAUUACUCAGACUGGACGGCCGACGCAGGGAUCAACCUUGAACCUCCCAAAAAGAGCGUCAAAGUGAAGAAGAAGAGCUCUGAGGAGGAACGAGAGAAGAAGAAAGAGGAGAGAAAGAAAGAGAAGAAGAAGGAGAAGGCGGACAAAGACGGCACUUUACCAAAGAAGAGCAAACCCCCCAAGGAGAAGACCAAGCAAAGGGCCCAGUUGCAGGAGCAGGGCCUGACUCUGGAGGAGUGGCUGCCCUCGGCCUGGAUCACAGACACCGUCCCGCGCAGGUGUCCCUACAUCCCCCAGAUGGGAGACGAGGUGUAUUACUUCAGACAGGGCCAUGAGGCGUAUGUGGAAAUGGCAAAACAAAAGAAGAUUUUCAGCAUCAAUCCUAAGAAGCAGCCCUGGCACAAGAUGGAGCUGAGGGAGCAGGAGCUGAUGAAGAUCGUUGGACUGAAGUAUGAAGUCGGUUUACCCACAUUGUGCUGUCUCAAACUGGCCUUUUUGGAUCCAGACACCGGAAAACUCACCGGAGGAUCCUUUUCUAUGAAAUACCACGACAUGCCUGAUGUGAUCGACUUCCUGGUUUUGCGACAGCAGUUUGAAAACGCCCGACGAAGACAGUGGAGUAUAGGAGACAGGUUUCGGUCGGUGAUUGAUGACGCCUGGUGGUUUGGGACCAUAGAGAGUCAGGAGCCGUACCAGCCCCAGUAUCCUGACAGCCUGUUCCUCUGCUACAGCGUCUGCUGGGACAAUGGAGACACAGAGAGGAUGAGCCCCUGGGACAUGGAGCCAGUGCCCGACGAUGCGUCCUUCCCUGAUGAGCUGGGUCUGAGUGUGCCUCUGUCGGAGGACGAGCACCGGGAGCUGCUCUACGUGCCUGUGGAGGGAGAGUGGGGCUGCAGACCACGAGCUGAAGAGUGUGAUCGAAUUAUUAAAGCCAUCGACCAGCUCUGCACUCUGGAUGUAGCAGCUCCGUUUGCCUUUCCCGUGGACCUCCAAGCUUAUCCCACGUACUGCACAGUGGUGGCUUAUGUCACGGACCUCAGCACCAUACGCCAAAGGCUGGUCAACCGCUUCUACAGGCGGCUGUCUUCUCUGAUGUGGGAGGUGCGUUACAUUGAACACAACGCACAAACCUUCAAUGAACCGGGGGCUUUUAUAGUGACCACUGCCAAGUUUGUCUCCGACCUCAUGCUUCAGUUUAUCAAAGACCAAAGUUUGACAGACCUCAUGCCUCUUUACAAAACUAUGAAGAAGGCGACUUUCUCUGACUCUGAAGAUUCUGAUGAUGAGGAGGAAGAUGAAGACACUAAUACACCUGGAACAUCCACAAGAAACCAGGGUCGCCGGGCAACACAAAGGCAGCUUCGAAACAGGAACUCGUCGUAUGACCCUCACUCAUGGAAGAGCCGCUGUAAAGAGCUGCUGGACCUGAUCUUCCAGUGUGAAGACUCGGAGCCCUUCAGAGAACCAGUGGACCUGCAGGAGUACCCGGAUUAUCUGGAAAUCGUAGACUCACCCAUGGACUUUGGCACAGUCCUGAAAACACUGACGGAGGGGAAAUACCAGUCUCCCAUUGAACUGUGCAAAGACGUACGACAGAUCUUCAGCAACUCCAAAGCCUACACUCCCAGCAAAAAGUCCAGGAUCUACAGCAUGAGUUUGAGACUGUCUGCUCUGUUCGAGGAGCACAUCAGUCCCAUCCUGGCAGAUUAUAAAGCCAUCCACGGUCUGACGGACAGGUUAACGAGACAAGGCUCAGACCGCCAAACCAGACUCAACUCGGACCGCCAAACUCGCCACGCCAUGAAGAGGAGGAGGAGGAGGAGCGACUCUGCCAGCUCCACGGCCUCCAGUCCGGAGAGGAAGAGACGUGUUUCCACCCGGGUUGUUGCCAAACGAGAGCCAUCGCCGCCGCACACCAGACCUCCCUUUUUGAGACAGAACAUCCCUCCCAAACAGCCCCCCACGGUGGUGAAACAGCCCCCCCCUCUGGUCAACGGGAAAACAGAGGCAGUGACUCCAGGCCGGACUCGCAGCUCUGCACGGCACCCAGCCCACUCCCCUCCUCCCUCCACGAACGUCACCAACAACUCACAAAGCACUCCAGAGUCCACCAGAUCCACUCGCGCUCACACCGCCUCAUCCUCAUCCACUCCAGCCGUGAACGACAGAGUCACACCUUCACCUGCCGCCGAGAACAGCGGAGGAAGCACCCGGCGCAAACUCAGGACCCCCGUGAAACACAAUCCAGAAACUCCUACCAAUGCGUCCACUCCCAACACCGCUCACCUGAACGGCCACAACAGUCAUGUGACUCUGGGCGUGGGGAGGCGGAGUCGCAGGACGGGGGCGGAGCCUCCAGUUACCCCACCAGAGGACACGCCCACCACUCCAGAGAGCCCCUCCAGAACCCGCGGAAGACCUCCUGCUUCAGCCAAGAAGAAAGGCAAAACCAAACAGGAGACGGAGGAGGAGAUCAACCAAUCACCCGGCGACGAGGGCGGGGCUGCCCCUGCUCUGCCCGAUUCUGUUGUGUCAACACCACGGCGACGAGGAAGACCAAAAGCAACAAUUAAAGAUAAAGAGGACACGCCUCCUCCGAAAGACUCGCAAACAGAGCCUUUAAGAAGAAGCAGCAGACACACGGCCGAGGAGACCACGCCCCCUCCUCAAACAACAUCACAGCGGACCAAUCGGAAAGAGCCUCCCGUAGAGAGCCCUGACGACGGGGCGGGGUCGAUGCGCACGCGUAACCAAGGGCGACGGUCAGCCUGGUACAUGGAAGAGGACUCGGAGGAGGAGCAGAGACAGCUACUUUUCGAAGACUCCUCCAUCACUUUUGGCACUUCGUCAAAGGGCCGAGUGAGGAAGCUGACGGAGAAGGCCAAAGCCAAUCUCAUAGGCUGGUAGUAGACUUUUUUUGUUUUUUUUAAAUCGAUGAACCGAUGCAUAAAAUGGUUCAGAGGAGUGAAGCAAGGCAAUAUGCGUAUAUAUUAUUGGUCCAUGUUGGAUCUUCACAGAAUGGAGUUAAUGUCCAAACCCCAUCACUUUAUAUGACUUUAAACAUCUGAGCGAAACAGCAAGGGCGAGCAUGGAGGAAGUACUGCAGAAGAACUGGUAGAUAGGUCCAAGUAGUCUGAUCCAGUCCCUGCAGAUAGAGCUCAUGUUUGGUCUUUGAUGGACUACAGACCACUGGCCUGGAACCAUCUUUUUUUACCCCUCUGCUUUUGUAAGAUUUGUACAUGUGACUGGCUCUAUCACUAAAACAUAUAUGUGUCCGUGUGCUACAAACCAAAUGGCGUACCUCCUGCGGGUACUGUAGAUACCAGUUCUGUUUACGAUUCAAGUGAGUGGGUGAGAUUUACUGCAUGUUGCUGAGUAGGAAGUUAUAAUGUUUUAAAUCCUUUUACUUUGAGUGAGCGCGAGGUGACGAAUGAGUGGAAGAAUAUAUGUUGAUAUGAAUUCGAAAACAUACACGGACACUGUAAAGGUAAACACAAAGACGCAUUGAUUUGCAAAGUCUUUUCUGUGUUAGACUUGGACUUAGACAAACUUUAUUGAUCCACAAGGGAAAUUAUUUGGACACAGCAGCUCACACGUCGUAAUAUAAUAUAAUAACGAAGAGCAAAAAUAUAAAUGGUGAUAAUAAAUUCUAAAUCUGUAGCAAAAAUAGCAAGAGACUUGUGUUAAAUAAGUCAUCGCUAUAUACAAAAGUAAUAGAAAUUGUAAGAUAUUUACAAGGGUUAAAUUAUUACAUUAUUACAAAACUGCCAAUCAAGGACUUAAAUUAAUUUCUUGGACUAGUAAAGUCUCUUAAAGCUCUACACUGUGGUUUUUAUUCCAUCACGUCACAGGUAGUGGCAUAGACUGUAUAGAUAA